AUGGAUAUUCCUCAGCUUAUCAAGUCCAUUGAUUUGGUCACUUCUUCCGGCAACCUUGAGGCUGCUGACCCGCAGCAGCUAGCUCAACUCUCCCAAGCUUGCGAUCGAUUGAAGAAUCAAUGUGAAUCUCCUUUGGAUAAGACACUCAAGCUGCUUUAUACGGUACUCUUCAAGCUCCCCAAGAUUGAUGGCUCAGACUGCCACCAAGCCAUCACAGUUCGUCUAGCUGUAGAUCUCAAGCUUUUCGAUGCAAUCACACAGCGCGCUUCUGAAAGUGAAGAUGGCAAAGUGCGUGUGGCUCAGGUUUCCGAAGAUGUCAAAGCGGAUCCAAAGCUAGUUGGACGGAUCAUGAGGGCACUUGUUCCAUUGGGUAUUCUUAAACAAGAUACACCUGAUACAUUCGCAUCCACGCGAUUCACGUCGGCCUAUGUUUCAUCGUCUUGGAUGUCUGGAGCGGUAAUCUUUUUCACUCACUUGUUCCUUUUCGUCGCCCAGCUUCCUGAGUAUUUCAGAGAAAAAGGAUGGAAAAAUCCAGAUGAUCAUGAAAACUGCCCAUGGAAUUUUGUUACUGGGUCUAAGCAGGGGUUCUUUGCUUACAUGGCGUCGAAGCCUUAUUACCAAAAUGCCUUCGAUACAGUCAUGGCAUCACCCUACCGUCGCGAUGAGAAGAGCUGGGUAGAUUUCUUCCCAGUUGAGGAAAAGCUACAGGUCCAGAGCCCUUCUGAUGUUCUUCUCGUCGAUGUAGGAGGUGGCCGGGGUAGAGAUCUCCUGGCCUUCCGUGAAAGGUUCCCCAAUCUGCCGGGAAGGCUUGUUCUGCAGGAUUUAUCUUAUGUGACCGAGACCGCAGACUUGCCUGCUGAGAUCGAAACCCAAGUUCAUAACUUCUUUGAUGAACAGCCGGUCAAAGGUGCGAAGGCGUACUACCUCCGCACUGUUCUCCACGACUGGCCGGACAAGCAGGCCGUGGCGAUCCUUUCGAGGCUUCGUGAAGCAAUGGGUCCCGAUUCUUUGCUCCUAAUCAAUGAGAAGGCUAUGCCGGAGACUAAUAUUCCAUGGAUGGCUGCAAUUGGUGAUAUGACUAUGAUGACUGCUUACUCCGCGGCGGAAAGAACAAAGAAUGAAUGGGAGACUCUACUAAACAAGGCUGGAAUGAAGCUUACUGGGUUUUGGAAACCCGAGGGCUCUGACGGGCAGCAACAAGUUAUUAUAGAGGGUGCAGUCCAUUCAUGUGAAUAUUGUUAG